CAUUUUAUGUCAUGGUUGAAAAUAUGUCAAAAUGUCAAAAAUUACUCAAUAACAAAAAUAGUUCGGAAAACAUCUGGAAAAGUGUUGUGAAAAAUUAAACGCGUCAACGGYCUUCGUUCACGUUGGAUUCGUGUGUGCACCCCCAUGCUCAAAUGUCAUGUUUCUCCAAGGAAUUGACUAGCUUAAUCCCGAAAAAAUGCUUCAAUCCAAAUGUCGGCAUUCGAGUGCUUUACCUUUAGAAACCUGUUCAUUUUGCAACUCGUCAUCACCCGAGAGCCUCCUUGACAUCUGUUUCAACUACAUCAACAAUAACCUAGACACGAUAUGCGUCUCGUGCGAGAUCACAGGCGGUUUGAGGCUCAAAGAGGGGGUCCACCUGCCCGUUGAGAUCUGCGAGAAGUUCCUCAAYGUGCGCUCGAAUAGCCUCUCGCGAGUCAACUCGAAUUUCAUCCACAUAUUUAGAGAUAGACAAAGCACAAGGCUCAAACGAGUGCGGUUACGUGACAUUGAUAUCACAGAUAGGGACUUGGAGAUUUUACUGAGACACCGGUUGUCAGAACUGGACGUUUCUUACGUCCCCAACUUGACUUCAGGGUGCAUCAAACACUUGACUGAAUAUGGAACGUUUCUCACUUCGCUUACAAUUGGCGAAGAAGCKGAAAUUUUCCCCACAAACAUUUUCGGGAAACUGAAAUUCACGGAGGAACAUUACGACCGAGGCUUUAUUUUUCUCGCCCCCAGCUUGAAAAAGCUCUCCCUGAAGCGACUCCACGCUCUUCAGCCCGAUUUCUACGUUUUGUUAUUGAGGCAUUUGGCGUCUUUGACCCACUUGGAUUUGUCAGGAUGUAGCGAUUUGGACAGUUUUGAGUACACGGAGCACCUCGUCAACUUGACCUCGUUGGUGUUGUACAACGUCUCGGGGCUGGAAAAUAUGGUCCCUGCGAUUUGCAAGUUGAAGUCGUUGAGACACCUUGAUAUAUCACAGUCCAGAGAGGAGAAUGGCAGAUAUGAAAACGGGGGGCAAAUUCUUACUACGAUUGUUAAUAAUCUUCCAAAACUGACAUCACUUGAUAUUUCUGGGACGAAUUUGGCGGGGCGAGGGGUGGCAGAUGCGUCUUUGGGGCCUGUCGCUUCAGACAUCCCAGCGUUGAGUUCGAGGAUGAAUAACCCGUUUCAGUAUUUGGGRCUGUAUGAAACAUCACACGAUGCCUGUCUCAGGCACGAUAUUCCUGCGAAAUUGAUUGCAGGAAACGCGAACGAAGAGCAAAUCUUAGUCGCAGCGUUGGCUUUCCUUGACCGCACCGACAUGCUUCAGAAAGUCCUCAAUGAGCUUUUUCAUCUGUUACGUUUCGAGAGUUGUGCCUACGUAGGUCAAGCUUUAAACAUUGUUUUGGACGCAAUGAAUCGACAUUUGACCGAAAGACAUGUCCAAAUAUCGGGCAGUGCUACACUUUUUUACAUCGUUAAAGGAACCGGGAAACAGCUUCACGAYGCAGUCAGGGUAAAAAGACGAAUAAUUACGGCUUUAUUAAACGGAAUGAGUGUACAUAGGACGGAUGAGACGAUGAUGAGGAAUGGGUGCUUGACUUUGUGUCAAUUUAAAAUACCUUCGGAUGUGUUGUUUGAUUACGAACGAUUGGUCGAUAUUCUGCUACAUUCGGUGCAUGGAAUGGCUCAAGAAAGUUUCGUUCAGAGGAUAGGAAUAUAUCUUUUGAAUUCUUUAGCUUGUCAGGUCGAUAGGCAACAAAAAGCGAAAUUAGGAGAACUUGGAGCUAUUGAUAAAAUGAUAUGGUUGAUUGCUGAUAGACUGGAAAGAGGACACUGUGAUGAUGUUUUAGAAGUGGCUUGGUCAACCAUGUGGAACGUCACCGAUGAAACGCCUUCUAAUUGUAGAAAAUUUUUAGAAAUCAAGGGAAUGGAGUACUUCCUACAGUGUCUUGAGAAAUUCCCCAACAAAGACGAACUCCUGAGAAACAUGAUGGGGCUGUUGGGYAACGUGGCAGAAGUCCGCGAAUUGCGCCACUUUCUCGUCACGUCGAAAUACCUGACUGUUUUUUCGGACCUUUUGGAUUCGCGUAGUGACGGAAUUGAAGUGAGUUACAACGCCGCUGGAGUCAUAUCACACAUUGCUUCAGACGGUCCAGACGUCUGGCUUGUUUUUCAACCUACUAGGGCUUACGUUUUGAAUAAAAUGGUGCGUGCCAUCGACCGAUGGGAUUUAAAUUCGCAAAGGAAUAUUAAUUAUCGUUCGUUUGAACCGAUUUUAUACUUGGUCAAGGUUUAUCACACACCCGAGUGUCAGAAAUGGGCCGUUUGGGCGCUGGCCAACAUGACCAAAGUUUAUCCCGAAAAGUACUGCACCUUGAUCGAGAAAGAGGGCGGUUUGGAGUUGCUACAAGAAUUGAUCGAGCACCCCUCGCCCCCGGCACCGGUGAAAAAUUUAGCUCAUAUGGUGAUAGAGAACUGCAGGAGGUUCAAGGAGCAGGAAUGGACGGAUUUGGAGGCACACGUGGAGGUCCAGCUCGACGGUUGAUUUGUUAUUUUUUUUAUAUUUACUUUAUCAAUAUUGAAGGAAAAUUCUCUUGUGAUUACGUUAAUUAUAUAAUUAUAUAUUUUUUUUAUUUCUUCAGGGGUAACCGUAACCACAUUUAUUGCGCAUGUGGACUGUUAGUUGAGUAAUUACUGUACAUAAUUUAUUUCCAAUAUGAUGUAUUAAAUGGGUUAGCCUUACUCUGUGGAAUUAGUUUCUCUAUUUUAUCAUGACAUUAUUAUUUUUAUGUUAUUAUUUAUGCCAUUUAAUUAUAUUUUAUUUAUAUAACUUUAGGUUUUUUAUCUGUCCUAUWAUCACCCGUGUUUGCGGAAGUCGUGUGAAGGCACUUUUCGGCGAAUUUGUUACAGCUUGAAUAAAUAAUUUAAUAAAUCA